CUGUGCUGAAGCUGAAGGAGCGCUGUGAGCUCCACAUUAGUGGAUAACAGGAUCGGGAUCUCUGGAGCGACGGAGACUCCUCAGCGCAGUCCGCUCAGGGUGACGACUGCAGCAGCUCCGCUACAGCCUGCUCCAAUAAGCGCGCAUGAAGUGAAACCAGCCCCGGCAACAUGCAUCUCUGAAAGCGUUCAGCGGGCAGUCUUUUGUCUAGCCUGAGGAGGGGAAAGUCUGCAAGCCCACUUUCCUUGCUCCACUGAGGUGAACUGAGCGUCAACAGAGCCUUUUUUCUGCCCUGUUUUUCCCUUUCCCCCCUCGCUCUCUCUCUCUCUCUUCCGCCUCUCGCAGUCCAUUGCUCGAUAUUGGACGUUUUCUUUUUUUUUUUUCUCUUAAGCGCUGCGAUUUCCCUGAGUCUACCUGUUUGCCCAGCACCCAUGAAUUCAGAAAAAAAUGUGUAUCUUGGGAAAGACAAAGGCAUCAUGCGGAAGAGAGCCUUGCUCCUUCGGAAGGGUUGCAGCUUCGAGAUUUCCAGCUCUGCCUCAGAAGACUUGGGGUGCAGGCGUGGAGACUUCAGCAGGAAACACUAUGGUUCGGUCGAGCUGCUGAUAUCCAGUGAUGCAGAUGGGGCCAUUCAGAGGGCAGGACGCUUCAGGGUGGAGAAUGGCUCCUCAGACGAGACUUUGGACUACACUCCAGGAACCUGGAGGAGAACCGAUGUCCAUCUGGAGAAUCCAGAGUACCACACCAGAUGGUUCUUUAAAUACUUUUUGGGAAAAGUCCACCAAAAUUAUGUGGGCACGGAUGCAGAGAAGAAUCCCUUCUACCUAUCGGUGGUCCUCUCGGACCAGAACAACCAACGUGUUCCUCAGUACCGAGCCAUCCUCUGGAGAAAGACGGGGACUCUGAAGAUCUCCCUUCCCUACAGCCCAACAAAAACACUAUCAGUCAAGUCCAUACUAAGUGCAAUGAACAUGGACAGGUUUGAGAAAGGCCCCAGGGAAAUCCUCAACCCGGAGAUUCAGAAGGACCUGUUGGUGUUGGAGGAACAGGAGGGUUCUGUCAACUUUAAGUUUGGUGUGCUGUAUGCCAAAGAUGGACAGCUCACAGAUGACGAGAUGUUUAGUAAUGAGACGGGGAGUGAGAACUUCGACAAGUUUCUCAGUCUGCUGGGUGAUACCAUUACACUGCAGGGAUGGGCAGGUUAUCGAGGAGGGUUAGACACCAAGAAUGACACUACAGGAAUUAAGUCCAUCUACACAGUGUAUCAAGGUCAUGAGCUCAUGUUCCACGUCUCCACCAUGUUACCCUACUCUAAAGAGAACAAACAGCAGGUGGAGAGAAAGAGGCACAUUGGAAAUGACAUUGUUACCAUAGUAUUCCAGGAAGGCGAUGACGCCUCGUCAUCCUUCAAGCCGUCUAUGAUCCGAUCACACUUCACCCAUAUUUUUGCAUUAGUUAGGUACAAUAGCCAGAAUGACAGUUACAGGUUAAAGAUCUUCUCAGAGGAAAGUGUUCCACUGUUUGGACCCCCUCUCCCAUCUCCGCCUGUAUUUACCGAUCACCAAGAAUUCAGGGACUUUUUAUUAGUCAAAUUAAUCAAUGGAGAGAAAGCCACACUGGAGACACCGACGUUUGCCCAGAAGCGUCAGCGGACCCUCGACAUGCUGAUCCGCUCGCUCUAUCAAGACCUCAUGCCUGACCUGCACAAGAACAUGUUAAACAGACGGUCCUUCAGCGAUGUGUUGCCUGAGUCUCCAAAGUCGGCACGUAAGAAGGAGGAGGCACGCCAGGCUGAGUUUGUCAGAAUAGGGCAGGCCCUCAAGCUGAAGACCAUAGUGAGAGGCGAUGCGCCGACUAGCCUCGUCACCACAGGCUUGUGCAGAAAAGAGCCAUGGGAGUCCCAGUUGUUCUGCAGCACAUUCCCCUAUGAUAUCGUGUGUGCUGACUCCUGGGGUCAGUCGGUGCUGGUUGCCACAGACGCAGCAGGGGUCAUGCUGCUCGAUGGCCCUGAUCCAGCAGGGUUAGGCAUUGAGCCACAGAGCCUUCCCCCAGUGCACGUGUUUGACAGAACCAUGGUGGUGAAGCAGAUGCACGUUCUCGAGCCUCAGGACCUGCUUAUCACCCGCACUGACAAAGGAAAGGAUGCUCGGCUUUAUGUGUUCAGACUCAGCACGAUCAAGAAAGGCCUGGAGGAGAGGCAACUCAUCAGGGGCAAGUGCGACAGCCGGGAAAACAAACUGGAGAAAACGAAAGGUUGCCAUUUGUACUCUAUUAACACCCACCACGGCUCAGAGCUGAGGAUAGUAGCAGCCAUCAGGAACAAACUCCUCCUCAUCACCAGGAAACAUCCGCGUUUCAGCGCCGUCGCCACAGGAGCGGAUUCUCCAGUGGAGGAGUUUCAGUACAUACGGGAGAUCUGUCUGUGCGACCCGCCGGUGGUGAUGUCGCUGGUGGACGGUCCAACCGGGGAAAAUGAUAAUAUGAUUUGUGUGGCCUACAAACAUCAAUUUGACCUGAUCAAUGAGAGCACUGGAGAUGCCUACCGGCUUCAUCACGCAGAGGCCAACAGGGUAAAUUUUGUAGCGGCCAUUGAUGUGUAUGAAGACGGGGAGGCAGGUCUGCUGUUGUGUUACAACUAUAUUUGUUACUAUAAGAAAGUUUGUCCGUUUAACGGCUCCACACCGAUGAUCCAGUCCAACACCUCGGAUUUCCACUUCAGCUGGAACCAGAUGCCCAAUGCUAUUGUUUGUGCAUUUCCUUACAUCCUGGCCUUCACCACGGACUCCAUUGAGAUUCGACUAGUGGUCAAUGGCAAUCUUGUGUACACAGCAGUGGUCCCAGAGCUGCAGCUGGCUGCCUCACGGUCAGACAUCUAUUUCGUUUCAUCGGCUCCAGUGAGCUCAGCCUCCAACUGCAGUUCGAGAGACACCAGUUCCCAGAGUUCCCCACAGACGCCCACCGGCUAUGAGAUGCCCAUGUUCCCCUCGCCGCUCGGCGAUGAUUCUAUACGGAUCCCCUAUGGUACCAAGCUUUCCCUGUACAUGUCUAAGGAUGCUGAAGGUGAAGCGGCAUGCAAGCACAUUUUUAAGAUCCCUCUGUGUAACUUGGUGGGCCGCAGCAUCGAAAGACCCCUGAAGUCCCCUCUGGUCAACAAGGUGCUGACGACACCAGCCCCCACCAUGGUGGCCCCAGCUCCCCUCAUCUCUGCAACACACUCGCUUUCCUUAUCCCGCAUGGAGAUCAAAGAAAUAGCCAGUCGCACACGGAAGGAGCUGCUCGGCUUGACAGAGGAACCGAGUGGGAAAUCAGACAGUGGAUCGGUGAAACAGAGAAAGAUGAGCAAAAAGAACACAGAGGACGAGCCCAAAGUUCGAGCGCUGACGUCCACAAACAGCGACAGGCUAGCCUCACAGUCCGGCGAAGUGGAUCAGGAUGUCCAGCUGCACUGUUCGUCCAGUUCGGAGGCGGAGCCAGAGAAGGCGGUGCUGCAGCCAGAGAGCCCGCCUCUCACCAGUGCGUUCUCCGUCUCCACAUCCUUCGAAGAAGAUGUCUUGGACCUAAAGUGAAGACAAUCCCAUUGUGCACUUCUCUGCCCGCCCACUUCUGUACUGUCGCCUUUACUCUGUUGUUUUGGUUGGUCUCCUUUUUUUUUUUGUUUUUUGUUUUUUUUCUGUUGUUGAGCUCUGAUACCUUGGCGCUUUUUUCCUACAUACCCUGGGAUUCUGGGGCCCCGUUCAGCGGACGAGAUGGGUGCAGUGGAGGUUUGAAGUCAUGUCUGUGUGCGUGUGUGACUUUUUUCAUGAGCAGUACCCCCCUCAGUCGCCGUGUGUCGGCUGCUUGUGUCGCCCGCAGCAGAUAACCCAAAGAGGUUGCCUAAGAUGCCAUGGUGCAUUCAGACUUCUGCAAGAGCUUUGAGAUGCCGGUUUGAUCCAAAACCACAAACUGAAUGUAAAUCUGUGCACCAAGGCAUGAGAAAACUCUCUGCAUUCUCAACUCCCUCUGACGUUGCAAGAGCUUAUGUGUUGUAUAUUAUGUGAUUAUUUCCGAUCCACUUUCAAGUAUUGUAUGAUAUGCAUAUGUGUACAUCUGUUUAUACACAAAAGUGCACACAUGCAGGCGUAUAUGCCUGUCUGGCUUGUGAUGCAUAUUUAUAGAUAUAUUAUAAAAAUCAAUUUUAUUCCCA